AUGAUUCUGGCAACUUUGGUCAUUGCGUUGUCCUUCUUGGAUUCAGUGUUCACCUUGAAGGGUGACGGCAGCUCAGCCUCCCGCCACGUCCGCCUGGACUGCGUGAAGGCCAGUGAACAAUGUCUAAAGGAGUAUACCUGCAGCACCAAGUACCGGACGAUGAGGCAGUGCGUGGCGGGGAGGGAGAGCAACUUCAGCGCGGUCACCGGUCCCGAGGCGCAGGGCGAGUGCCGCAGCGCAAUAGAUGCCAUGAAGCAGAGCCCCCUCUACAACUGUAGGUGUAGAAGGGGCAUGAAGAAGGAGAAGAACUGUCUGCGGAUCUUUUGGAGCAUAUAUCAGAGUUUACAAGGUAAUGAUUUGCUGGAAUACUCUCCCUACGAGCCAGUCAAUAGCCGCCUCUCAGAUAUCUUCCGCCUGGCCCCCAUCAUAGCUGUCGAGCCUGCCUCCACGAAGGAGAACAACUGUCUGAACGCUGCCAAAGCCUGUAACCUGAAUGACACAUGUAAGAAAUAUCGCUCAGCUUACAUCAACCCCUGCACCAGCAGGGUGUCUGCUUCUGAGGUCUGCAACAAGCGCAAAUGCCACAAGGCACUCAGACAGUUCUUUGACAAGGUUCCAACUAAAUACAGCUACGGGAUGCUGUUUUGCUCGUGUCCAGCGGGGGAUCAGACGGCAUGUGCAGAGCGCAGACGGCAAACCAUCGUACCCGUCUGCUCCUACGAGGAUAAGGACAAAGCCAACUGUCUGUCUCUUCAGAACACAUGCAAGACCAACUACAUCUGCAGGUCAAGGCUGGCAGACUUCAUCAGCAACUGUCAGCCAGAAGCUCACUCCAUAUCUGGCUGUCUGAGGGAGAACUAUGCCGACUGUCUGCUGUCUUACUCAGGUCUUAUUGGUACAGUGAUGACACCCAAUUAUGUGCGAUCUUUUGGUAUUAGCCUGUCACCAUGGUGUGACUGCAGCAGCAGUGGGAACAGCAAGCCAGACUGUGACAAAUUCGCUGAGUUUUUCACCAACAAUCGAUGCCUACGUAACGCCAUCCAGGCAUUUGGCAACGGCACCGACGUUGGAGUUUGGCAACCCCAACCCCCGAUUCAGCCGACUGCGGAGCCAAGCAUCACUCGGAGGGGUAAACAGCGCACCAGCAACGCUCUGGACACACUGACAGACAUGAGCAAACUGGACCUGGAUGGCAACUCAUUAUAUCACAUCUGUGGGACCUUACAGGCCCAAAAACUGGUGUCAAAUCAAACAAUGGAUACGGCUCUGUGUGUGAACCAUCAAUUGGACGAGUCCGGUGGCUCAAAUGCCAUUCCUCGAAGCUCACCAGCUGAACGCACCUGCCUACGCCCCUCAACUAUGCUCUCUGCGCUUGCCUUUGCUUUAAUAUCAACAGCGUUACAGCUUGAAGCGCUGCAGCUUUUGUAG